AUGGCCCCUGAGUCAAUCACAUUCAGGGAUGUGGCCAUAGACUUCUCUCGGCAGGAGUGGGAAUAUCUCAGCCAGGUCGAGAAGACCCUGUACCGGGAUGUGAUGAUGGAGAACUAUGGUAACUUGGUUUCAUUGGGACAUUCCAUUUCUAAGCCAGAUGUAAUUACCUUAUUGGAGCAAGGAAAAGAGCCCUGGAUGAUUGUGAGUGAAGAAACAAGAAGAGAGUGUACAGAUUUGGAAUCAAGGUGUGAAAUAAUCAGCGAUGGACAAAUUUACAUUUAUAGGAAACACUCAUCUCUUACUCUGUAUCAUAGAAUUCUUAAUGGAGAGAAGCCAUAUGAAUGUAAGGAAUGUCACAAAGCCUUUCGUCAUCUUACACACCUUACAGUACAUCAGAGAAUUCAUACUAGAGAGAAACCCGAUCACCAUAAAGAGUUUGAGAAGGCCUUUAGUCAUCUUACAGACCUUGGAGAACAUCAGAGAAUUCACACUCGUAAGAAAUCCUAUGAAUGUGAAGAAUGUGGGAAAACUUUUAGGAAUAACCAUCAACUUAGUGUACAUCAUAGAUUUCAUAGUGGUGAGAAACCUUAUGAAUGUAAGGAAUGUGGAAAAACCUUUAAUGUUUAUGCACGACUUAGUCGACAUCAGAGUAUUCAUACUGGUGAGAAACCCUUUGAAUGUAACAAAUGUGGGAAGUCCUUUAGGCUCAAAUCAGGCCUUAAAGUACAUGAGACUAUUCAUUCUGGUGAGAAACCCUAUGUAUGUAACGAAUGCGGGAAGGCUUUUCGUCAGUUUUCACAUCUUGCAGGUCACAAAAGAAUUCAUACUGGAGAAAAGCCCUAUGAGUGUAAGGAAUGUGGGAAGGCCUUCAGAUGUAGGUAUCAACUUACCAUACAUCAGAGAAUUAAUACUGUGGUGAAACCUUAUGAAUGUAAAGAAUAUGGAGAGGCUUUUACUAGUAGUCAUCAACUUACUACACAUCAUCAGUGUGUUACUGUUGAGAAACCCUAUGAAUGUAAGGAAUGUGGGAAGGCCUUUAGUGUGUUUGGACGACUUACUCGACAUCAGAGUAUCCAUAGUGGUAAGAAACCCUUUGAAUGUAACAUAUGUGGGAAGUCGUUCAGGCUCAGUUCAACCCUGAAAGUACAUCAGAGUAUUCAUACUGGUGAGAGACCCUAUAAAUGUAAGGAAUGUGGCAAGGCCUUUGCUCAAUCCUCACACCUUACACAUCAUAACAGAAUUCAUACUGGUUACACACCCUUCGAAUGUAAAGAAUGUGGGAAGGCCUUUCGUUGUGCCUCAUACCUUGUUAGACAUGAAAGAAUUCAUACUGGGGAGAAACCCUAUGUAUGUCAAGAGUGUGGGAAAGCUUUUAGUUAUAGCCAUAAACUUACUAUACAUCAGAGAAUUCACACUGGUGAGAAACCCUAUGAAUGUAAGGAAUGUGGGAAGGCCUUUAGUUUGUAUGGACAACUUACUAAGCAUCAGAGUAUCCAUAGUGUUAAACCCUUUGAAUGCAACAAAUGUGGGAAGUCCUUUAGAUUCAGUUCAAAACUGAAACUUCAUCAGAUUAUUCAUAGUGGAGAGAAACCCUAUGUAUGUAAGGAAUGUGGGAAGGCCUUUCGUCAUGCCACAAGUCUUGUACAACAUGACCAAAUUCAUACUGGUGAAAAGUCCUAUGAAUGUAAAGAAUGUGGGAAAGUCUUUUGUCAUGCUUCACAUCUUGUUAAUCAUGAGAGAAUUCAUACUGGUGAUAAACCCUACGAAUGUAAACAAUGUGGGAAGGCCUUUCGUUGUUCCUCAUAUCUUGUUAGACAUGAGAGAAUUCAUACUGGUGAAAAUCCCUAUGUAUGUCAAGAGUGUGGGAAAGCUUUUAGUCAUAGUCGUGAACUUAGUAUACAUCAUAGUGUUCAUAGUGGUGAGAAACCCUUUGAAUGUAACAAAUGCAGAAGGUCCUUUAGGCUUAGUUCAAUACUUGAAGUACAUCAGAGAAUUCAUACUAGAUAG